AUGAUUGAAGCCGAAAUAUCUACAACUGAGAAGAUUCCAACUGAUUCUAGCAAUCUCAGUGAUCGUAGAGGAUACGACUUGGUUUUAUAUGAUAAACAUUGUAAUACUACCAAUCACCAGCCUCAAGAUCCAGUAAUGCUUUUACCUCAAGAAAACUUCACGAUGGAGACCGUAACUCAAGAAUCUCUUCAGUCAGAAAACAUUUUCGAAGAGGCUACAAGCAACAGUCCUCAGCCUGGAUGUAGCAACUAUUACACAGUGUCUUGUAAUAUAGAUCGUCCUACAGUUGUUCGUUUAAAAAGAAAAUCGCCCAUAGAUCCAGAUUUCAUCAACAAGCAUCCCAGUAGUGACAAAAGUUCAACGAAGAGUACAGAAUAA